UGUGCCAGGAGAAGGCGGUACUCACUGCACGGGACUGACUUGUUAUUGUUGUGCUUCAUUCUGUUAUUGAUAAAGUUUGAGUUUGGAGUGUUUUUAACUGUAAACCUGAAGAUGCCUGCCGGUACUUUAGAGAGAACAUCUCCAUCCGCUGUCGCUGCCACACCGGCAAGCGGGGACUCCACACCGGAAAAACCCCGGAGUCUGACAGAGAACAGAAAGUCCUCAAAACCAAUCAUGGAAAAGCGGAGACGUGCGCGCAUCAACGAGAGUCUGGGUCAGCUGAAGACCCUCAUCCUGGACGCACUCAAGAAAGAUAGCUCCAGACACUCCAAACUGGAGAAGGCGGACAUCCUUGAGAUGACUGUGAAGCACCUCAGGAACCUGCAGCGACUUCAGAUGACUGCUGUUGUGAACCCAGACCCAACUGUCCUCGGUAAAUACCGAGCCGGGUUCAGCGAGUGUGUAGGAGAGGUCACCCGUUUCCUGUCCACGUGUGAAGGGGUGAACACAGAGGUGAGGACUCGUCUCCUCAGCCACCUGGCAGCCUGCGUGACACAAAUCAACGCGGUGAACUUCUACACGCCUCACCCAGGGGUUCUGGGACUCGGACAGACUGGUACACAGAUUCCAGCGGCCUCCGCUCCACAGAUGUCUUGCAAAAGUGGCUCAGCGAUGCACACCUCCCCCGAGGUGAUGAAGCUGUACGGUGGCUUUCAGGUGGUGCCCACACCGGAUGGACAGUUCGCUUUUCUUGUUCCCAGCGCAGCUCUCAUGCCUCUGGGUUCACAAAACAGUUCUCACAUGUCACCUGUUGCACCUCCGGUCACCUCAGACUCUGUGUGGAGACCCUGGUAGGAAAUCAGCUCAACUUUUGGGACACAAUAAAACAUAUUUUUGUACAUUUUGUAAAUGUUUUCAAAACCUACUUGAGAGGGAUAUAUGGACAUUAGGAGAUACUCUUCGUCUCUUUGCUUGCUGUGAUGUUCUCUGUUUUUGAUAUGGCACAUUUGCCUCAGGAGGUCAAGAAAAUCCUUGAUAAGCUCUUGAAAAAGCACUGUAUUUUUUUAGAUUAAUAAAUUGUUUCUAGGAUGUUUACU